UUCUUAAGUUCAAAUCCAGUUCCUAAGAAACAUCAAAGGAAGCCUGCACCAGAGGCCUCCCAGGGUCUCCUUGGAAGCUGGACUCCAUCCACUGUGUGAGACGGAAUGGCACCCCCCACCAGUGUGCUCUCCUCUUUACUGCUGCUGGCCACUGUUGCAGGUUGUGCCUGUGGCCCGUGCAGCGAGGGGAGGACAUUCGCCAAUGCCAUCAUUUCACCAAACCUGGAAACUACCCGAAUCGCAUGGGUGCCUCAGACCAGCCCCGUGGCGGACUGCAUGGCCGCGUGCUGUGACCUGGCCCUCUGUGACCUGGCCUGGUGGUUUGAGGGCCGCUGCUACCUGGUGAGCUGCCUUCGCUCCGAGAGCUGUGAGCCCAGGGAGAUGGGCUCUGUCAGGUCCUACCUCACCUUCGUGCACAGGCCGGCCCGCAGGCCCUUGCAGCUGCUCCACUACAGGGAGAUGGUGCUCCGCAGGAGGUCCCGCUCGGGACUCUGGGGGGACUCUCCUGAGGGUCUCAGAAAGGACUUGUCUCCUCUGGGCCCCGCUCUCCGCCUGAGAAGGGCGUUGGAGUACUCUGAUGACUACAGGGACCCUGAGCAAGAUCCCUUCCAGCCCCUCAGCAAGCAGGAGCCCAGAGGCAGUGUCGAGUACACCGACUGGGGCCUGUUCCCGGGCGGCCCCUCUGCUGGAGAUGGCCUGCCCUGGGCCACCGAGGAGCAGGAGGACCCUGAGUGGGGCCCAGAGGAGAUGUCGGAGUACUCCGAUGACUACAGGGACCCUGAGCAGGACGCCUUCCAGCCCCUCAGCAAGCAGGAGCCCAGAGGCAGUGCCGAGUACACAGACUGGGGCCUGUUCCCGGGCAGCCCCUCUGCUGAAGAAGCCCUGCCCGGGGCCGCCGAGGAGCAGAAGGAUCCUGUGCUCCGUCCGCUGAAUGGGUCAGCACGGACCCCGACCCCAAAACAAUCCUCGGAGAGCAGGACGUCGCCCUGGGUGACAGCUCCACCUUCCAGAGAGGCCUUGGGAAAGGAGACCAUUGGGCUCCAGUACGCACCCAGCAGUGGCUCUGGGGAAGAGGUUCUAAUGCCUUCCCGUCAUCCUUCUCCAGCCAGACUGGAAUUCAGCCCAGCCUCUACUGAGGAGAGCCCACUUCUCACAGUCCCCACAAGGAGCCCAGAUCAUGGCUCCCCAACCCGUCCUGCUAGCCUCACCCCUGCUGAGCCCACCCCGUCAGAGCAACCUGCAUCUCCGACCACUGCUCCCCGGACAGUGAAAGAACUCUUGGUGUGGGCUGGCGAGAAUCGAAUCGUGACUUUGCCGGAGCGCGAGGUGGAACUGAAGGCUUCUGUCGUGCCCGCGCCGCCUGCAGGUGAGAGCUUGCCUCCCCUCAGUGACAGCGGGGGCCGGGCAGCCGGGCGCCCUCCGCCCAUCUUCGAGGGUUACUCAGCAGCACGGCAAGAGGUCGCCACCGAGGGCCAGAGGGGGUGCGCCAGAAGAGUCAACCUGCCCCCCACAGCAGUGGUGUCUCCCCAGACGCAAGCGCUCACCCUGCCUCUGACGUCAGCCUUCAUCGACGGCAGCCAAAGUACAGAUGACACUAAAAUCGUGAGUUAUCGCUGGGAAGAAAUUAGCGGCCCCUCCCGAGAGGAGAAGACCCCAGCCGACUCCCCUGUCCUCCAUCUGUCUAACCUCAUCCCUGGAAACUACACUUUCAGACUGACUGUUACAGACUCGGAUGGAGCCACUAACUCCACAACUGCAGCCCUCAUAGUCAACAGUGCUGUGGACCAUCCUCCAGUUGCUAAUGCAGGACCAGAUCAGACCAUAACUUUGCCCCACAACUCCAUCACUUUGAAUGGAAACCAGAGCAGUGAUGAUCACCAGAUUGUCGUCUAUGAGUGGUCCUUGGGUCCAGGGAGUGAGAGCAAAGAGGUGGCCAUGCAGGGCGUCAAGACUCCAUACCUUCAUUUGUCUGCCCUGCAGGAAGGAGACUAUACAUUCCACCUGACGGUGACGGAUUCUUCAAAGCAGCAGUCCACGGCUGUGGUCGCUGUGACUGUCCAGCCCGCAAACAACAGCCCUCCCAGAGCCCAUGCUGGUGGCCACCAUGUGCUUGUGCUGCCCAGUAAUGGCAUUACCUUGGAUGGUUCGAGGUCUACUGAUGACCAGGGAGUUGUGUCCUACCUGUGGGUCCGGGACGGCCAGAGCCCAGCCGCUGGGGAUGUCAUCGGCGGCUCCGACCGCAGCGUGGCCCUGCAGCUUGCCAAUCUGGUGGAGGGCGUCUACACGUUCCACUUGCAAGUCGUUGAUGGUCAGGGGGCCUCGGACACGGACACAGCCACCGUGGAAGUGCGGCCAGACCCCAGGAAGAGUGCAUUGGUGGAACUGAUCCUGCAGGUGGGCGUGGGGCAGCUGACCGAGCAGCAGAAGGACACCCUCGUGAGGCGGCUGGCGGCCCUGCUGAAUGUGCUGGACUCAGAUGUUAAGGUUCAGAGGAUCCAGGCCCACUCAGACUUCAGCACCAUCAUUGUGUUUUACAUCCAGAGUGGGCCGCCUUUCAAGGUUCUCAAAGCUGCUGAUGUGGUCCGAAAUUUGCACAGACGGCUCUCAAAAGAGAAGGCUGAUUUCUUGCUUUUUAAAGUCUUGAGGAUCGACACAGCAGGCUGCCUUCUGCAGUGCUCAGGCCACGGCCACUGUGACCCCAUCACGAAGCGCUGCGUGUGCUCCCAGCUGUGGAUGGAGAACCUGAUUCAGCGUUACCUCCAGGAUGGGGAGAGCAACUGCGAGUGGAGUGUGUUCUACGUGGCAGCGUUGGCUCUCACUGUCCUCGGGCUGACCGGGGGCGUGCCCUGGCUUUGCCUCUACUGCAGGAGACGAAAAAGGACUAAAAUAAGAAAGAAAACCAAGUAUACCAUCCUGGACAGUGUGGACGAGCAGGAGAGAAUGGAGCUGAGGCCCAAGCGCGGUAUUAAACACCGAAGCACGGAGCACAACUCCAGCCUGAUGGUGUCCGAGUCGGAGUUUGACAGUGAUCAGGACACCAUCUUCAGCAGAGAGAGGAUGGAAAGAGGGAAUCCAAAGGUUUCCAUGAAUGGGUCCCUCAGAAAUGGCGCUCCCUUCAGCUAUUGCUCAAAGGACAGAUAAGGAAGCAGCUGUAAACUCAAAGGUUACCCCCAGGAAUCCCUGAAUCCAGGACUGGUGAAUGGGAGUUAACACACAGAGCUAACUCCUGUGAGAAUCGUGCAUUACGGUCCUUUCACAGCGGCCUGGAUGUGUGUCCCUGCGUUUAAAAGAUCUGUUUUCUUGGAGCAUUUGAGAUAUGAAACAAAACAUUAACGUUGCUCUUUUAGCAGAGAUGCUUGCUGAUAGGGAUACAGUUUGGGUGAGAUACGAGGUAUGUACUUAAAAGAGUUUGUGCUUUGUAGCUGGCACAGUGUUUAUAGUACCUUUGUGAAAGUAAGGAUGGACACCUGCGACUAUCUGCAGACCUCUAGAUAAGUUAAACACGUUUAGAGAGUCUCAUUUCUCCUGGGAGCUGUGAUUGCCUUCAAGGACGAUUUUCCAGACAUGGUUUCUCUGGUCGGGCGCCCACAGUCCCAAGGCUGCUGUGUCUGUUACAAUAGCUUAUUGGAGGUGUGGGUUGUCUUCUGUGUAGCAAGUUUUCUGUGCUGACCGAGACACCCGAACAGAGCAGAAACCCCCGGGACCUUUAUUCCUGGCUAUGGCCAACCACUGUUUCUGUGUCCUCUGUGGACAGCAGCUCCUGGGAAUCCGAGAGCUGAGUGAGAAUCACAGGACGAGGACCAGAGGCACAGAAAGGGACGUGGGGGCUUAGUGACCUGUAGGUUUAAAGUUGAAGGUUGCAUGGCAACAUUCUUUGCCUUUUCUUUCUUCUAGACAAAAAAACUACCCUGAAGCCUCUCCUAGCCCCAGUGUACAUUAGGCAUGAUAAAAGUGAUUAUUAACUGAUGGAGCAUUUAUUGAGCAUGUCCAUAGGCCGUGCAUUUGGAUUGCCAUAGAUAGGAAUAAUGACUCAGCAACUUUGUAUAUAGUCUCAAAAUCAGAAAUACAGUCUGUCUUAAUUAGGAUGGUAUGUUCAUGAUCAUUGGCCUACAGGUUCUUUCCGUGGUGACAAAUUGACAUAGACAUUCACCUCAUAUGUUUAAAAAAUAUAUUAAACU